AUGUCCAUGGACGGCGACCUCAUCGCCCUCGUCAACAAGCUUCAAGACACCUUCAACCACAUUGGCGGUGAUUCUGUCGACCUCCCCCAAAUCGUCGUCGUCGGCUCCCAGUCUGCGGGAAAGUCGAGUGUCCUUGAGACCAUCGUUGGACGCGAUUUCCUCCCAAGAGGGAGUGGAAUCGUGACCCGACGACCUCUUGUACUUCAGCUGAUCCAUACCCCGCCCAACUCUGGCUCUGGAGGACGGUCUUCUUCCGAGGGCUCAACUGAAGAGGGUUACCUCCCCAACCUUGACAACUCCCCCAGCGCUAGCGCCGGCGCGGGUGUCAUGCGCCCAGGGGGCAAGUCGAUGGGAGAUGGUACAGGAGCAGAGUAUGCCGAGUUCUUGCACAUCAACAAGAGAUUUACGGACUUUGAGGAGAUCAGGAAGGAGAUCGAGGCGGAGACCUUUAGAGUCGCUGGCCAAAACAAGGGUGUCUCCAAGCUCCCUAUUAACCUCAAGAUCUAUGGUCCUGGUGUACUCAAUCUGACCAUGGUCGACCUUCCCGGUCUUACCAAGGUCCCCGUCGGUGACCAGCCCACCGACAUUGAGAGGCAGAUAAGGAACCUCGUUGUGGACUACAUCUCCAAGCCCAACGCCGUUAUUCUUGCCGUCUCCCCUGCAAACGUCGACCUCGCCAAUUCUGACUCUCUCAAACUUGCUCGCUCGGUCGACCCACGGGGAUUGCGUACCCUCGGUGUCUUGACCAAGCUUGACUUAAUGGACGCUGGUACCAAUGCUCUUGACAUUCUGACCGGCCGGACUUAUCCCCUCAAGCUCGGCUUUGUGGGGUGCGUAAACAGGAGUCAGCAGGACAUCAACCAGCAGUUGCCAAUGGAGGAGGCGAGGAACAAGGAGGAGGAGUUCUUCAGGACGCACCCUGUCUAUAGGAACAUUGCACACCGAUGUGGUACUAAAUUCCUCGCAAAGACUCUCAACUCGGUCUUGAUGAAUCAUAUUCGUGAAAAGCUGCCCGAUAUGAAGGCUCGACUGAACACUUUGAUGGGUCAAACCCAACAAGAGCUCAACGCUUUUGGCGAUGCCACCUUCCUCGGCGAGCAGCACCGCGGAUCCCUUAUCCUCAAACUCAUGACCGAGUUCUCCAAAGACUUUGUCUCCUCCAUCGAAGGCACUUCCCUCGAAAUCUCCACCAAGGAGCUUUCUGGUGGUGCUCGCAUUUACUACAUCUUCAACGAAGUCUUUGGACACGCCCUUCAAGGCAUUGACCCCGCUCAAAACCUCAGUUUGGCCGAUAUCCGUACUGCCAUCCGAAACUCGACCGGCCCGAGACCCAGCCUGUUUGUGCCAGAGGUAGCGUUCGAUCUUUUGGUAAAGCCGCAGAUCAAAUUGCUCGAGGCGCCGAGUUUGAGGUGCGUGGAGUUGGUUUACGAGGAGUUGAUGAAGAUCUGCCAUAACUGUACCAGUCCUGAACUUCAACGAUUCCCUCGACUCCUGACCCAACUCAUCGAGGCUGUCUCUGAGCUCCUGCGCGAACGUCUCGGCCCUACAUCCGAAUACGUCUCCUCUUUGGUCUCUAUCCAGGCCGCGUACAUCAACACCAAUCACCCCGACUUUGUCGCUGGCUCUGCUGCCAUUGCCCGCGAGGGUUCUGCCGUCCAGGACCAACAACAACAGGUCCCUCGUUUGGCUUCCAGCGACGAGAAAAGCGAAGAAGAGAGCAGCUCGGAGGAAGAGGACGAAGGGGAUGAUGUCGUAAAUGGUUACCCCAACCACCCCAGGUCAGCUUCUGCUUCUGUGCCCGAGAUCCGACGACCGACGACUGCGUCGGGCAUGAAGGAAAAGACCAAGCGCCAGCAUAUCCGCACUGCCUCCGGUGGGCAACACGGCUCUCAAAAUGCCAACGCCUUACUUGGCGCAACUGCCGGCGGUUUACACGCCCACAGCAUCUCUGGCACUUCUCCUCACGGCGCCAAGGAGACUUUCUUGAACUACUUCUUUGGCGGUCCCAAUGGCAACGACCCUUUGGCGCCUCACACGGGCCAAAUACAGAGACAGUUGGGCAAGGGCCAACCCGGCCACCACGCUGGCUUGAGUCCCUACGGUCAGCAGCAGAGACAGCAGGGAGGCGAGAGGGAGAAGGAGUUGCUGCCGGAUUAUGCGGGAGCGGGGAGGAGGAGUGGCAGAUUGGAGAGCUCGGCGAGCUUCGAUAUGAAGAGUCUAGGCAAGCAUCUCGAGGCUACCAAUGGCGAGGAGAUUCCUCAUCUGACCCCCAGAGAAGAGAUGGAGACUACCUUGAUCCGUUCGCUCAUCGCGAGCUACUUUGGUAUCACCAGGCAAACCAUCGAAGAUUUGGUGCCCAAGGCCAUUAUGCACCUUCUCGUCAACUUUUCGAGGGAUGCCAUUCAACAACGCCUCGUCACUCAACUCUACAAACCCGACCUCUUUGCCAACCUGUUGUUUGAGGACGAAGCCCUUGUGUCGGAGAGGACGAGGGUGAAGGCUCUGCUGGAUGCGUACAAGGAGGCUUUCAAGGUGCUAAGUGAAGUCAGUUUGAAGAGCACAUAG